CUGAUUAAUAUCACCCUUGACCCUUAAGAGUAUUAGCAUUAGGAUUCCACUGAGUGCUAUAACAUACUUAAAAUUGCUGUGGGGGAAAAUUGAUAUAUAUAAUAUAGCAUUAAUGAUGAAGAGUCCAAACAACUUUAAGGGUUAUUAUUAUUCUCUGUUUAUGAUCAGCUUGAUGCUUUGUUUAGGUGCGAGGUCCCAACUAACUACUGAUUUCUAUUCACAAACAUGUCCAUCUCUCCUUUCAACGGUACGGAAACAAGUUCAGAGUGCGAUCAAGACCGAAAUGCGAAUGGCGGCCUCUCUGCUCCGGCUUCAUUUCCACGAUUGCUUUGUGAAUGGUUGUGAUGCAUCAGUUUUGUUGGAUGGAGACAAUAGUACUGAGAAGUUUGCUCUUGCAAAUGUCAAUUCGGCAAGAGGAUUUGAAGUCAUCGACGCAAUAAAAAGCGCCGUAGAGAGCUCAUGCAGUGGAGUUGUAUCAUGUGCUGAUAUAUUAGCCAUCGCUGCUCGCGAUUCUGUUGUCUUAAGUGGAGGUCCAACAUGGAGAGUUUUAUUAGGAAGGAGAGACGGACUAGUUUCCAACGGGACACUAGCAAACGCUGCACUUCCUUCUCCAUUCGAGGCAUUGGAUGCCAUCAUUCAAAAGUUUGUCGAUGUUGGUCUCAACAUAACAGAUGUAGUCUCUUUAUCAGGUGGCCAUACAAUUGGAUUGGCAAAGUGUGCCACCUUCGACAAUAGAUUAUUCAAUUUCUCAGGAACUGGUGCUCCCGACAGUACGAUGGAGGCUAACAUGUUGGCGGAUUUGCAAAGCUUUUGUCCGGUUAACGGUGACAGUAACAGGUUCACUGCUCUUGAUAGGAACUCAACUGAUCUAUUUGACAACCAUUAUUUCAAGAACUUGUUAAAUGGGAAGGGCUUAUUAGGUUCGGAUCAGAUUUUAUAUUCUAGUGAUUUGGCCGUUUCCACAACUAAAAGCCUUGUUGAAAGUUACAGCAGCAACUCAAAACUUUUCUUCAAUGACUUUGUCAACUCCAUGAUCAAGAUGGGGAAUAUAAGUCCACUUACUGGGACUAAUGGAGAGAUUAGGAAGAAUUGCAGGGCUGUUAAUUCUUAGUUUGCAGUUUAACUGAAAGAGGAUUUGCUCAAAUAAUUAUAGUCAAGUUUGGUGGUCAAGUGAUAGGAGAUUGAAGGAAUUACUUAUGUGAGACAUGAUUGCUGUAAAUAUCAGCUUAUGUAAUAAUGUUCAUGAUUUCUGUGUGUUUGUUUUACGAGCUAUAUGUCCCUAUUUAUGCCCCCAACAAUAUAUUUAUGACACGUGUUUCAGUUUAAUGCUA